CGCACGCGGGUGGCUCCGGGCCGGGAAGCCGCGCGGCGGGAGGCUCGGAUGUGGCGGGAGACCCCCGACCGGCCCCACCAUGUCGUACAUGCUCCCGCACCUGCACAACGGCUGGCAGGUGGACCAGGCCAUCCUGUCGGAGGAGGACCGGGUGGUCGUCAUCCGCUUCGGGCACGACUGGGACCCCACGUGCAUGAAGAUGGACGAGGUCCUGUACAGCAUCGCCGAGAAGGUUAAAAAUUUUGCAGUUAUUUACCUUGUGGACAUUACGGAAGUGCCUGACUUCAACAAAAUGUAUGAGUUGUACGACCCGUGCACAGUUAUGUUCUUCUUCAGGAACAAGCACAUCAUGAUCGACCUGGGCACUGGCAACAACAACAAGAUCAACUGGGCCAUGGAGGACAAGCAGGAGAUGAUCGACAUCAUUGAGACUGUGUAUCGGGGCGCCCGCAAGGGCCGUGGCCUGGUGGUGUCCCCAAAGGACUACUCCACCAAGUACAGAUACUGAGGGUGGCUGGCGGGGCCAGGGCCUGCAGCGUGCCUGCUGCUGUGUUUACGUUACCAGUCCUUGUACAUACCCAAAUGAAUAAAAUGCUGGUGAUGGGA